AGCCAGUCUCCCGGCGGAAAUGUACAACCUGUGGUAAAGUGUAAAGUAGCUUAGUGAGAUGACAGCGGGCAGCAUAGCUCUUCGUUAGCUCCCAUUGAUCUGAAAUUGGUCAUUUUCAUUGAUUAGUUAACGGAUAAGAAAGACACGAGUUAAGGGUUUCUGUUCACUUUGUAGCCAUUAGCUUAACGGCUAAAGGUAGUUAGCUACAGCUCUUUAAGUUGUGCAGUUUAAGUGGCUAGCUGAUUGAAUUGUGAUGCUCUGGAGAUCUUUAUAGUAACCAAGGAGAAGCUGAGAUGGGAGACAGCGAUGGGGAGGACAUUAAGGAAACACCUGAGCUGCCUGUGGAGAUCGUAGUUUACAUCCUGAGCUUUCUUCACGCUUCAGACAGAAAGGAAGCCUCACUGGUCUGUCGCAGCUGGUACAAUGCCAGCCAGGACCUGCGUUUUCAGAAGAACGUCACCUUCUGCUUCCCAGCUUCAGCCUCGUCCCUGGAGCUGGUCAGGGGUCUGGGCUGCAAGACACGCUGCAGCCUGGUUAUCAGCCAGCUCGAUGGCUUCAGUAUGUCCCGAUCACUGCUUCUGGAGGUGGGACUGUGUCUGGGCUCUAAACUGGAGAGCUUGGCCCUGCCUGGCAGCAGUAUAACAGAGGCCUCACUGCUGGCUCUGCUUCCUCGCCUCACCUCCCUCCGCAGGCUGGACCUCAGGGGCCUGGACAGCCUCUUCAUGUCUGGAGCUUUCCUCUCCAGGGAGGAGCACAGACAGCAGGUCAGGUCAGCUCUGUCUGGUCUGGAGGAGCUGGACCUGUCCGACCUGCGCUACCUCUCUGACCUCACCUUCAAUCGGCUGACCAGCUGCACCCCGCGCCUCCGCCGGCUCUCGCUGGCCGGCUGCCAUAUCGCUUUCGAGUUCGACCCGUAUCGAGGGUGCCCGGUCGGGGCUGUUGAGGACUCGUCAGCAUUACUGUCACUGAGGAACUUGAAAAGGUUGUUAAAAGAGCAGAAAUCCACCCUUGUAGCUCUGGACCUCAGCAGAACCUCCAUCACCCCUGAGUCACUACGCACUAUUGCACAGGUUCAGGAUUUGGUCCUAGAGGAACUGUGUCUGCACGGCUGUAAGGAGCUGACCGACUACUCAGUUGAGGCUCUGGUGAAGCACCAGCCGAGCCUUCAGAGACUGAACAUCAGUGCCUGCACUGAGCUGACCAGCAGGUCUGUAGAGGCCAUAGCAGGGGGCCUAAAGUCACUGAUGCACCUCUCCCUGUCCCGCGACUGGAGGAUCACUGAAAAAGGCCUCGCUGACCUGCUGUCUGUGUCUUCCCUGAGGAGUCUGGAUCUGUCUGAGUGUCUGAACAUCAGCGGACCCGAGAUGGUGAAAGGCUUGACGGGGUCCAAAGCUGCCAGAGCACGGCUGGAGACGCUCAGCCUCAAAAGCUGCACCUACAUUAGGGAUCUUGCGGUUUUCUCUCUCACCCAGCUUCUUGGGGACACUCUCUGUGAGUUGGACCUGACCUCAUGCGUCAACGUGACUGACCUGUCUGUGUGUGCGAUCGCCACAUACCUGCACAGGCUGGUAGUUCUGCGGCUUGGCUGGUGUAAACAAGUCACAGACUGGGGUUUGCUAGGAAUGGUGGAAACAUCCAAGUCUGAGCCUGAUGAUGAGAUGGGAGACAAGGGUCCCAGGUUCACCCGGACCUUCGGCAACAUGGGCUUCUUUAAGCCUCCUCGUCUGCCUUUUGAGGAGCGACCCAAGCUGGUGACGCAGAACGACCUGGAGCAGUUCACACAGCAGCCGGGAGCUUCCCUUUUAGCUCUCAACAGGCUGCAGGAGCUGGACCUCUCUGCCUGCUCCAAACUCACUGACAGCAGCAUCACACAGGUGGUGCGCCACCCAGACCUCCACCGUCUGUCUCUCUCCAUGCUGCCAGAGAUCACUGACGCCAGCUUGGCGUCGGUGGCCUGGCACUGCCGCAGCCUUAUCAGCCUGGCUCUCAGCCACUGUCCUGGUAUCAGCGACCGUGGGUUGGCACAGGCUGCGCCGUAUCUCCACAGACUCCAGCACCUCUACCUCUCCUGUUGUAAUAACAUCACUGACAGAUCCCUGUUCAUCCUGAUGCAGCACUGUAAGCGUCUGAGAACGCUCGACAUCUCAAGGUGCAAAAACAUCUCCGUUACAACAAUGGACCUCCUUCAGUCACAGCUGCCCUUCUUGGAAAACGUCCACUACAAGUUCAUAGGUGGGGCUGAUCUUACUCUUUCACUCUGACUGAAUGUCGUGCAUGACUGCCGGACCAAUUACAAAACCUGCUGACCAAAGCCUGCUCCAUGAGUUGAGCUUUUGCACAUCUCAACAAUUUGCACAAGAAUUGAAGGAAGCGUUGACAGUUUACAGUCUGAGCUACUGUAAAACCUGUCAUCUGUAAGUCAGCCUGUAAGUGAUUUAUUUUAUUUAUUUAUAUUUUAAAUCUCUCUCGUAUAGAGCAGGUGCCACUUGCACAAAACCGAUGUGGAAGUACUUCUGCUUGUCUGGUUAAACAUUUCCUAAGUAUGUUCAUGCUUGGAUUCAAAUAAUCAGACCAGGCAGACAAAAAUGUAUCGGACUGAAAACACACCCAUCCUAACCGCCACUUUCAAAGAUCAUUAACUGUUGAGUCCAAGCGGAAAAUGUUUUGGUGUAAUAUUUAUGUUUAGUGUAUGUGGUGUAUCACCGCUGAAGGCACAGAUUUCAUCUAGGGAAGGCGUUUCAAGGUGCCUAGUUUGUGCACAAGUACCCAAUAAAAUCAAGUGAAUUCCCCAAAACUGAAACACACAACUGCCACAGUAAAAAAUAUUCUCACUGUCUAAUCAUAAUGAGAACGGGAAUUGUUUUCUUGUACAUGAGAGAUUUUGCUUGUUGUAUUAAUUCCCUUGUAGUGACAAGGUGCUUUUAUCUAAGUUAAAAGGUAAACAGUAUACAUCAAGAACACGAGCAGAAGCUGUCCCAUAAGAAACAGUGUUAGUGAGACUGAAAGUUAAUUCUUAAUAUAUAUGAUAAUAUAAACAUUUUAGAAUUUUGAAGCAUGUGACUUAAAUUGACAGAUCCUAUAUUGUUUUUACAUGAUGACUUUCAGGUUUUUUGCUUAACAUUGAGAACAUUUCUAUUGUGCUUUGAGCACUAAAAGGAGGAAAGACUUGAUUUAAAUGCUCACAUCUGUAUAGCUUUGGAAACAUGCUUUUGAUUUUUGUCUUGAUAAUUUCCUCUUUUUUAAAUCAACAAAACAGAAUAAUGGAUCAACCCGUUGCGUUGAACUAACUUGAAUUCAUUUAAGGGACCAAUCUCUCCACUUUUGGUCUUGCUCAAGCACUGUAGUCUUAUUAAAGAAAUAAUAUCCCUUUAUACAGUAUGUACAUUAUUGAAAAUGUUUGUACUGUUGUAACAGGGCAUGACGGACUGUCACAGAGGGAGACAUAUAUACUGUAAAGAUGAAGAAUCAAGUGUAAAAGAUGUUGAUUUUAUAAAUAAACCAAAGUUUGGAGACUA